AUGGAUCUCUCCACAUUCCCCGCUGAAAUCCACGACAAAAUUCUUCGCUAUUUGGACAUCAAGCAAUUUAUGCGAGUCGCCUGCACAUGCCGAACAUUCUGGAACCGAUGCGAGGCCCUCCCCAAGAAAUACUGGAACGUCAAGGUGGAAUUUCCGAGGUCAGAGGGUCCCCAAAUCAACCAGGCCAUCAUUACGCAACCUUAUGCUCGACCAAUGACCAUCCCCUCCGAGCGGACAAUCGAUUUCCUAUUACGCGACGCCACUGUUCUCGGGGUCCAAACUUUUGAGUCUCACAUACCCGGCCUUACCUCGCAUAAGCUGGCUAUCGGAAAUGGGCUGCCGAUGAUCGGGCUUGACCCCCUCCCCGUCCUCAAGGAGUACAAACCAACCGGAAAGUACGAAACCGUCGGCAUCCACCACUUCAACCCUUACCCAGAAUUGGUGGAGUUCAUCAACGAAAACGUGGCCAAUUUGGUUUUCCACCCGGAUGUGCGACUUCCGGAAUGCCUGGAUUUGAAGGUGAAGACCAUGCAGUGCAAACUCUCAUCCCAGAGGAGAGGAGCCGAACAAGCCGUCGAAUUCGUGGUCGAACUGGUUACGCAAUGGAAAGACGGCGCCCGGGAGAUCGAAUCCAUUAGUGUGCAGUGCCCAGAGUUGCUUGGUUUUGGGCUUGCCUUCGAGGGACUGCUUACGCGACAGUACAAUGCCACCAGGGGCAUCAUCAUCAGGGUGGAUAACCAGAAAAUUGUGAUCGAUUUGGAUGUGAUGGUGAAUAACGAGACGUGGAUUUGCCUCAGAAAAAUACCU